GAUUUGACUAGUACAUUAUCUGAUUAAAUGAUCGAAUGGAAUGUAGACAACUUUCCACUUAAGGUGCUCUAAAUAUUUUAAACAAAUAUGUGACACUUUCUACAAAGGCUUGGUCGGGAGCGAUAUUGAUUAUCAUGCUAAUUGUGUAAAUUGUAACUCGGGUUGGGGUCAUCUGAAUCGUGCCUUCAACGUUCUACAUAUUAGAGUACCGCUAAAAAUUAUCGCAGUUUUACACCCAACACAUCUGUCCCGAGCAUGUGUAUUUGGAAAUAUUUAACUUAACCCAUCAUUUUCUAGUCAGUUGUCGUGUGGAGCACUCGCGCAUUUCGGUGUACACAAAUGUACUUCUAACAUUCAUCUAAAAUGAAUCGAAUAGUUAUUUUCGCCGUUUUGUUAAACUGUUUUCAUAUCUACCAUGUUUGUUCCGCGAACCUGCCAGGACCAUUAGUGUACGUCGUAACACCGUCUCCGCGACCGCCGCAAAUUGAUAUGGGAAGAUCAGCACCGUUUUACUACCACAAGUGGAUGAGCAGGAUGGACACUCCACAAAACGCAACACUUACCACAACGACAACAGAGAGAACGAAGACUCCUGACUUGAUAUUCGCUGAAUUCGAAUCCGAUAACAACAAUAUGAAAUCAAUUCGAAAACUUCUUGAAAAAGAGAAGAUCAAAUACAAAACGACUACGACGACAACAACGACCACAACAUCAAGACCUAUCUACGUUCCUGAUGAAGAAGCGAGUAAUGACUCAAGUUAUGGUUUACCAGCACCGUCCACAGAAAAACCUGGAAAGACUGAUAUGAACGACUAUUUUGCUUUGUAUAACAACUUGUAUAAUUCCGGCCCAGUGUACGUACCUUCAGCAGCAUCCCCGAGCACGGAACCGCCGCCAACUACCACAACAUCUACAACCACGACGACACAAGCGCCAGUCAAUAACGUAGAAAAUAUUUGGCACAUCAUUGACAGUGAGAAACAUAACCAAUACUCUGGUACAUGGGAAGAAGAACCGAUUAGCUCCGAACAAAGUCAAAAUGAGGACGUUGACAAAAAUCAUUCUGAAUCCGCAGAUGUACAGGACCAAGAUGAUAAGACUCAAGACAAUGCAGGAAUUGAUGACAACUUUGCUUUACCAGGGUUUGGUACUAAUCCUGGUAAUGGAGCUGAGAAUGAAUCCAGAGCAAUCCGAACAGAACCUAACAUCCGUUUUCCAUACAUAGAUUUGAAACCUUUCCAAAUGAAAAAUAUGAAAAAGGUUAAUUCCAUAUCAAAUGGUAAAAAAGGAAACAAUAUGUUUAACUUGGAUAGUUUUACUGAUAUCAAAAAUCCAGUUAGAGGCGAAGUAGAAGAUUCCUUUGCUCCUGUACGUCAACAAAUAGACCGUUACAAUCCUGCUCAACCUUACUUGCCUCAGCCACCAAGUUACGGAGCAAAAGCUAAACCAGCGCCCGCCCCAGCUCCAGCACCGCCACCACCACUACGACCACAACAACCCUCUGGUCCUCCGCCACGUCCAAUUAAUGCCGUUGCAAGUCUAGUACCCCCACCACCCCCUCCUGCACCUCAACUUACAGCGGAUGAUUUCCCAACACCUAGCACGUACGAAUCCUUCCCACCCUAUGCACCUUCGGCUCCAGCACCACGUCCUGUUACUUCAUACCAACCACCCACUGACACUGGCUCUGAUGUAUCCUCUAGCGAAAGUGAUAACGAUGGACCUCCUUCUGAUAUUGGAUACAGAUAUAAACCACCUUCUGCUCCUGCUCCUCCAUCGCUGCCUUUUAUUCCUACAAUACCUCCUCCCAGCAAACCUUUUUCUGGUUAUUCUUAUAACAAACCACAGAUGCCGCAAGAUGACAGUAAUAAUAAACCUGACUUCCAAGGAUACCAUUAUAGUAAGCCAGCUCCACCUUCAUCACCUCAGGAUGAUGGACCUAGCUAUGGAAAUGAUGACAGCCCACCGAUGAUGGAUAACAAACCAGACUUCCAAGGCUACCAAUACAAUAAACCAGCACCACCAGCGCCGCCACAGGAUCAUGGACCAACUUUUGACCACCAUGACGAACCAUCGCCUUCGUAUCAACCGGACUAUCCCGAACUCAUCUUUGAUAAACCGCAUGGAAGUUUAAAAGGUGGAGAUGCUACGAAAGGUGGUGACAUGGGAAUGGUGCCUCCUCCUCCCCCAGCAGGAGAUAUGAAGCCUGAUUCACACGACGCCCCUAUGGAUGACCAUGGAUUCCCUCAUGACUUCCCUGGAGAUUUCAAAUUCCAUCAUGACUUUGAUGAGCAUGAUCACGACCAUUACCACUACCACCACCCUACAACGACAACAACUACGGAGAUGCCUCGUGUCAACCGAUACAGUUACUAUUACCUCGGGAAGAAGCUUUACUACCUGCCUCUAUACUUCAGUGUAUACUUCAUUGUUUACGUGGGAGCUCUGAUUAUCAAGGCAGUGUUGCGUCAUAAGAUUACUUAUCCUAAUAGCUGGAGACCGAACACAACUACAGCCAGUUUCUUCUCAAAGAGGUCCAUUGAGUCUCAUCUCUCUAAUGAGAAUCUUCACGAGAUUACAGGUAGAGUCACGAGAGCUAUCGCUAUGGCAGCUGAAAAAGGCCUGGAGAUCGAAAACACUUACAACUAA